AUGGCAGAGAAGUCUGGUAAUCAGUCCGCCGACGUCAAUUUGACCGAAAACAACCUCGCCUAUCUCCGCGCCACCCUCUGCUCGCUGGACUCGGUCAAGCCGAAUUUCGCCAUGGUCUCAGAGGAUUGGGGUUUGGGCAAGGGGGGCCAUGGGCUACGAGGUUUCAAGGCCGCCCUCUCCAAGCUUGAUCUCGACUUCAAGAACGGCAAAAUCUAUCCCAACGACGGCAGUCCAACUGUUGCGCCAGCUCGUACUACUAAGAAAGCCAUAGACACUGGUCUCAAGAAGCACGGCCAAUUCCAGGAUCUAAAGCGCAACAAAGUACACUUUGAGGUAGAGUCUGAGGGGUCCAAGGCAAAGAAGCCCAAGAAGGAUGCAGAUGAAGGACCUACGAGAGUCAAAGUGGAGCACGGCGACGAUGAAGAUCUCUAA